GACAAAGUACGACCUUCCAGGAGAUUCGAGAUGUCUGUUACCAUUGAUCCUUGACAAAUUUGUAUGGUGCAUCAACCAUCUCGUCGACGCACAAGGCCGAUAAACUCACAGUAUUUGCCCAGAUCAGUAUUUAUCUCGACCUGGAUAUCUACCGCGAUGCUACUCGCCAUUUUUGACAUUUCCAAGGCCGUCGAGAACGGCGUUGGGAUCACCCCCGAGCUUAACCCUUCGUCCGGUUCUAUCAGCCUCGCUCUGCGAAAGCCAUUGCGCUCAUUCAGCAGGAUGCUAAUUACUAAGCGCACAAGGAUCACAUACACGUAGGGAUUUACCUAUGGGUAACCGUUUUCACACCAACAUCUAGACCAGUCACAUUAUUUGUAUUUCACAUCACAGGGCAAAAACUGUGGUGCCACGUAUCGAGAUAUCCUACAUUGUCAUUGGAAUGACUCACGAUACACAUUCUCGUAUCAAAAGCGUACCUGGCGCUACCUGGCGCCUCCUGCCUAUUGGUCAUGAUCGCGUUCCUCUUCCGUUCAAGGCUUUGCGCAUGUUGACACCCUCGACUACUUCCCCCU